AUGGACUUGACUAUGAAACAUAGAAAAUUAACAAGAAAUAGAUCACCACCCGCAGUUCCUACGAGCAAUAAAACAAAGCACAAUAAAAAGAAGAAAGCUUUGAAAUACCGAAAAUGCGUUUGUUCACCUUCCAGUCACGGACACGUCGAUUUUCCAAGAGUGUGGAACGAACUUCGUUUACGGCAACAACUUUGCGAUGGAAUAAUUCACAGUAGUGAUGGGAAAGCUCUCCAUGUGCACAGGGCGCUGUUAUCUGCUGCUAGUUCACAUUUCAAAGCCCUUUUCACAGCUGCGCAUCGAAGUUCGAGAUCUGAAACAAAUGAAGUUAAUGUUGACAUAAGUUCUGAAUUACUAGAAUUAAUUUUGGAUUAUGCAUACACAGGACGCUGCAAUGUGACUUUAAAUAACGUUCAGCAGUUGCUGCCAGCAUCUGAUCGCUAUGCCGUUUUUGGAGUCGUUCAACAGUGCUGUGCUUAUUUGAUCGAAGAAAUGCGUCCAGAUAAUUGUUUAGGCAUUUUUAGAUUUGCUUGCCCUUAUUUCUGCAGCGCUUUAGAAGAACGUGGUAGACGGUACAUAGCACAUAACUUCAAAAACAUUCUAGAUCAAAGCACAGAGUUUUUCGAUCUAACAGCUGAAGAACUUGAUGCAAUAUUAAGCGACGACGAACUCAAUGUAGCCCACGAAGAAGUAGUGUUUGACUCCAUUACGAAAUGGAUUGAUGCAGAUCCCGAUCUCAGAAGACCCUGGUUUGGUACACUAAUUCACAGUCCUAGAUACGGACUCAUGAGCUUCAAGUUUUUUACGGAAUCUGUCAUGAGUAAUCCUUAUAUUUGCGAGAACGCGGAUUUGCAGAACAGCUUGUACCCAGCAUCAUUAUUCCUCGCCAAACUGGAUUCGAAGCGAGGUUCAGAGGUGGACCUCAACGAUCCGGUGGCUCGUCCACGCAUCCCCUACGAAAUCCUCUUCGCAAUCGGCGGUUGGAGUGCGGGCAGCCCCACAAGUUUUGUGGAGACAUAUGAUACCAGGCCACUAAAUCAAUUUUUUUAUAACCACUGGGAUCUACAGUUGGCUGACAGAUGGUUCCUCUCUGUGAACACAGAUGUGACACCUAGAGCAUAUCAUGGUCUAUGUGCACUGGAUAGUCUCAUAUACAUGAUUGGUGGUUUUGAUGGAAAUGAACACUUCAACUCAGUUCGCUGUUUCAAUCCAAUUACUCGAAAAUGGAAAGAACGUGCCUGCAUGUACCAUGCCAGACCACCUCUGAUGAACUUACUGCCUGCUUCAGGAGGAAGGAUCUAUGCAAUGGGAGGUUACAAUGGCCGGACAAGAAUGAAUUCUGCUGAAAGAUACAAUCCUAACAGCAAUCAAUGGGAAAUCAUUCCUUCUAUGCAGAGACAACGUUCUGAUGCCAGUGCAGCAGCAUUGAAUGACAAGAUAUAUAUUGUUGGUGGGUUCAAUGGUCAAGAGGUUUUAAGUUCUGCUGAAAUGUUUGAUCCACUAUCAAAUCAAUGGUCAUAUAUUCACCCAAUGACUAGUGCUCGCUCAGGAGUAAGCCUAGUAGCAUACAAAGGUUGUUUGUAUGCCUUGGGAGGAUUCAAUGGUUUCACUCGUUUGAAUACAGGAGAGAAGUAUGAUCCAUCACAAUCGUUGGAUUGGCAUGAAGUGACAGAAAUGUUCAGUCCUCGAAGCAACUUUGCUACUGUGGUCCUGGAUGACAUGAUAUUUGUCAUUGGUGGAUUUAAUGGAACAACAACAAUAGCUUACGUUGAAUGUUAUGAUGCCGAAACUAAUGAAUGGUAUGAUGCCUCUCCCAUGAAUCUCAAUCGAAGUGCUCUAAGUGCCUGUGUUAUACCAGGUUUGCCUAAUGCAAGAGAGUACUCCUAUCUCUCCAAGGCUCAAGAAAUUGGCCAAGGAGCUUCCAGCGAUGCUGCAUCUCACUGA